AUGGGAUCAAGUAUCUUGAAGCAGUUUGUUUGCUGUUUUCUGAUCAUUAUCAUUUCAUGGGAACCACAGGCAUUGUCUCGAAUGAUCCCUGAUGUUUCCAUGAUAGAAAGGCAUGAGGACUGGAUGUCUAGGUAUGGACGCCAGUACAAGGACGCUGCAGAGAAGGAAAGGCGCUAUAACAUAUUCAAGGCAAAUGUCAAGUAUAUAGAUUUUGUUAAUAAUGCAGGGAAUAAACCAUAUAAGCUAGCUGUCAAUGAAUUUGCAGACCUGAGCAAUGAUGAGUUUAAAGCUGCUCAUAUUGGACAAAGAAACCUCUCCAAGACAGCAAAGUCAAGCACAGCAACCCCUCUCAUGUAUGAAAAUGUCACCUCAGUUCCCCCUAGCAUUGAUUGGAGGAAGAAAGGAGCUGUUACACCUAUCAGGGAUUCAACAUGUGGUAAGUCUUGGACAAUUCCCGCUGUUGAUGCCGUGGAAGGGCUUACCAAGAUCAAAACUGGAAAGCUGUACACCUUGUCAGUUCAAGAAAUUCUGGACUGUGAUGGUGGUGGUCACAAUGGUUGCGAAGGGGGUUUUACAGAUGACGCCUUCCAAUUCAUUAAACAGCAUGGGCUGACUACUGAGAGCAACUACCCUUCUAAAGGAAAUGUAGGCACUUGUGACACCAAGAAGGAAGACGAACCUGUGGCAAAAAUUAGUGGCUAUGAGAAUGUACCAGUUGACAAUGAGAAUGCGCUUAUGCAGGCAGUAGCUAACCAACCAGUUGCUGUCAUAGUUGAUGCUUCUGGUAUGGACUUCCAAUUUUACUCGAGUGGUGUCUUCACUGGAGACUGUGGAACUGCUUUAGACCAUGGUGUAACAUUAGUUGGCUACGGUACCAGUAAUGGCAAGUUGAAGUAUUGGCUGAUUAAGAACUCAUGGGGUGUUGACUGGGGAGAGGAUGGAUACAUGAGGAUGCAACGAGAUAUUGCUGCUAAGGAAGGUUUGUGUGGAAUUGCUAUGGAAGCCAAGUAUCCUACUAUAUGA